AUGUCCUACGGCGUUAUUAAUGUUAAAAUUAUUUUAAAGGUAAUUCCGGUUGCUAGGGGGUUAAACAAAUUCGAUGCGGUUCCGAACCGGGUUGGUUGGAACGCCGGCGGUUGUAACGGGGGUAAAACGGGGGCGCUAAAAACGGGAGCAAAGUUAAAUUCCUUUUUUUUGCCGUUGCUAUGCAGCGGCCCGGCGCAAUCAUUUAAAGCAUUAAGCGGUUUUUGCCCCCGUUGCAAACGCAAUUUAUACGGUAUUUUUCGUAUAUUUGGUUAUAAUUAUAUGGAAAAAUAUUAUUACGUUACCGUUUGGAAGCUUGCAAAUUGCUUUUACGUUAUUGCCGAACUUUUUUACCAACGUAAUUGUAAUUUUAACGGAUAUGCAAUUUGCAAUUUCGGGGGCGCGCGUUGGAAAAGGGUUGGGGGCGUUGGUUAUAAUGGUAUUGUUGUUGGCUUCGGGGCGGUUGGUAACCGUUCCGUCGCUUACGGGGCUGCUAGCGCCGCUAGCAGCCGCGCCGGAAGCGCGCUCGCGCGCGGACAUACGUCCGGUAGCGAACCGGGGGCGAAAAGUAAUUAA